AUUGAUGCAAAAAAAGGAGAAAUUUCUUCCAAACUGGAAUAUUCUACAGAAGAAUAGAAGAGAUGGAGAUGAAUGGAAAAGAAAACCAAAGGAGAAAAGGAUAUUGUACCCUGCUUGUCUAAUUCCCUGGAACAAUCAGACAUAGAGCUCAUCUUCCACUGCAAAGUUGCAAGCAAACAACAGUCAGCAAAAAAAAAGAGUCACUUUGAACGUAGCUGGAAGAGAUCAACUGUUUUCGUAGAGCCCACCGAGCAAGCUUCACCUGAGGGACAGAGGAUGGAGGAGAUGCAGGAGAACCUGGCUGUGGUGGUCCAUGCUGCAGAAGACCUGAGAUUGGAAACACGUCCAAUUCCAGACCCAGGCCCUCAUGAGGUUCUGCUGCGUAUCAAUUCUGUUGGGAUCUGUGGCUCUGAUGUCCAUUUCUGGAAACAUGGAAAGAUAGGAGAUUUCAUUGUCAGAAAGCCAAUGGUUUUAGGGCAUGAAGCAUCGGGGACUGUGCUGAAAGCAGGGUGUGAAGUGACACACCUGAAGCCAGGUGACAGAGUGGCCAUUGAGCCUGCUGUCCCCAGAGAAAAUGAUGAGUUUUGUAAAGCUGGACGGUACAACCUGUCACCCACGAUCUUCUGUUGUGCUACACCGCCUGGCGAUGGGAACCUUUGCCGAUUCUACGUCCACAAUGCCAGCUACUGCUACAAACUGCCCGACAACAUGAGCUUUGAGGAAGGUGCAUUGGUAGAACCUCUUUCUGUUGGGAUUCAUGCCUGUCGCAGAGCUGGUGUGUCACUGGGCAAUAAAGUCUUCAUCUGCGGAGCAGGGCCAAUUGGACUUGUGUGUCUGCUUGCUGCAAAGGCAAUGGGAGCAUCUCAAGUUACAAUCUGUGAUUUAUCAACUCAACGGUUGGAGAAGGCAAAGGAGAUGGGAGCAGACUUUACAGUGAUGGUCAGCAAGCAAUCUCCUCAGGCCCUGGCCCAGACAGUGGAGGCUUGUCUUGGAUCAAUGCCAGAAAUAACCAUUGAGUGCACUGGGGCUGAGGUUUGCACACAGGCCGGCAUCUAUGCUACCCGUUCCGGGGGUGUUUUAGUUCUUGUUGGCGCUGGCCCAGAUAUGGUGAAAGUUCCUCUAGUGAAUGCAACAGUUCGAGAGGUGGAUAUUAGGGGCGUUUUUAGAUACUGUAACACAUGGCCAAUGGCAAUAGCCAUGUUGGCUUCGGGGAAGGUUGAUGUGAAGCCACUGGUAACCCAUCGUUUUCCACUGGAGCAAGCUAUCAAAGCGUUCGAGACAACAGCGAGAGGACAGGGAAUUAAAGUGAUGCUGAAGUGCGAUCCGAGUGGUUAGAAUUCAUAAUAAAUGGACUUCCAUAAUAUGAUAAUGAAAUGUCCAUAAUAUGAUAAUGAUAAUGGCCUGAAAGAAUCUUAUUACGAACAGGUUGUCAGGAAAAGAUUUGAAUCAUUUUAAAAAAUCUCAAUUUAAAAAGAAGCUUGAUGUAUAGGUGAGAAGAUGGUAGGGGUGAGUGUUCUGACAGAAUGAGAUAAAAUGGUACGAAGGGCCUUCUUCAUCGAAACCAAUCAAUCGCCCACAAAAUACACAGUCAAUCCAUUUACAGUAUAUUCUGUAUUUUUAGACGUUUCAGCGAUAUAUGAAAUGCAGGGAUUAUUAUUAUUUUAUAAUUGUAAUCAUGGGAUCAAAGCGGCUUUCUUCGACAAACUACCAACACUGUAAUAAACUGUGAUUUAACACAU